AUGGAUGAAUUCUCAAUAGAGACUAGAAUAAGGCAAGUUGUUUAUGAACUUUCAUAACCACUAAUGAUAAGAUGUAAUAUUAUAGAUAUUAAUCUAGUGUCUGAUUGCCUAAAAUAAAUUGAUGAAUAAUAACUGAAUAUUGAUAGUUUGAAGUAGUAGAUUAGAUAGUAAAAUGAGAGUCAGCAAAGUAAUUAAUUUGAAGCUGCUAAGAGAUAUACUUAAAUUGAUAUUCUCUUGAAAUAGUAAAGAAUUUUAGAGUUAGAAAUAAUAAAAAAUUAGAAUCAAGCUUCAUAAUCAUCUACUCAAUUGAAAUCAAAAAUUGAAUUAAUUGAAAAGGAAAUUGAACAAUAAAAAAGUCAUUCUUAGUUUGUGAUUAAUUCAUAAUUAAAAACAUAAAACGAUUUGGAUUAAUUAGGCAAGAAAUAAACAGAGUAUUCAGAAAUAUUUAACAAAAAAAUAGAUGAAUUUUUUAAAGAUUAUUAUACAUUUUUUAUAGAUUGUCGAAAUUAAGUGAGUUAAAUCUAAAAAAGCGAACAAUUUUUAUUGAAAGAUUUUUAAAACUAGAAUCUGUAAUUGGAGCAAUUAGGGAUUCAUAAAGAUCUACAAGAAAAGAAGCUAUCUAGCUUAGCUGAGAGAGUUGAAUGGAUUAUAAAUGAGAUGAAUCAUCUUGUAAAUGAAGAUUAUUUGUAAUUUACUUUAGAUAAAGUAAAAUAAUGGAUGUAUAUUUAGAGGAAGAAAAGUCAAGAGCUGAAGAUAAUCAACUUCUGAAGGGAACCAUAUCAAAUCUAUAGAGUUAAAUUGAAGUUUACAAUCUAUCCAUAGAUGAAAGAAUAAAAGGGUUGGAAAUGCUUGAGUUAUAAAAUCGUUAGUAGGCGGAUUCAUUUUAAUAAUUAUUAAAUAAUUAGACUGACAAUUUUUAGAAGCACUUUAAUUAAAUUUCUAAAGAGUUGUUGGACUAUAAUAAAACAUUAAAUAAGAUUGAUGAAUUUUAGAAAAAGAUUUAAGAAAAAAUACCAGCAAUAGUAAACAGUCACUUAGCAGUGUUCUAAGCCAAUUUUAGUAGUUAAAUGAAUAAGCUUGCAGACUAAUUUCAUAGUCUCAAGGCCACAAUAGCCAAGGAAAUGUCAUAGGAGUUUAAUUAUAAAUUGGAUGAUAUACGUUCAUAAUUAUUAAAUGAAUCCUUAAAAUAAUAGAGCAUUAAAUUAGCAGCCUUUGAAUCAUAAAUGUUGGAAUAGAAAAAAAAACAAUAAAAGAAGGAUGUUGAACUCUAGGUUAUCCUAUCUGACAAUUCAUUAAGUUAAUAGGAGUAGCUACAAAACUUUAUAAUAGAAUAAAUUGAUAUCAAACUUACAAAUUGUUUACAAAUAGGAUAAAAAGUAGGUCGAAUAAAUAGCUUAUCUAGUAAAGGAGGGUAUAAUUUAACUUAGGUUGGCCAAGGUGAAAAUUAAGAACUUUUGGAUGAGAAUUUAGAAGAUAUGAAGACAAGUGUUAAAUAGAUGUUGUUGGACAUGAAAGAUGAGAUGGAAUAAAAAUUAAAGGAAUAUGAGACUGGCUAUACUGCUGCUAUGUAGAAUUUUGAUAAAAACCAUUACCAUGUAUUGAAAUUAAAAUCAGAUAUAUUCAAUGAUACAGAAUAUUUGAACAAUCAAAUAAAAAUCCUAUUUAGAGAGAAGGAUGUAAUAAAUAGAAAGUUUUAAUUGCUUUUAUAAUUGUUUUCAGGGAAUACUGAGAUUGCAUAAAUAACUGCUGCCUAUCUACUCAAAUAAUCAAAAGGCCCAAUAAAAUUUACAUCAGUUAUAGGAACAGUUUUUGAAUUGAGAAAUGAGGUAUGCAACUAUAGAUAAUUAAAUUAUUCUAUAGAGGACCUCUUGAAAAAAUCAUUACAGAGUGUUAUAGAUUGUUGGGAUAAAAGUGAACUGUUAGAAGUGAGAGAAUAUAAUCCUCAUUGGUAUUUCAACAAAUACAUUUAUAAAAAUCUUGGAGGUCAAAGUAAAACCUUGGACAGAUCUUAAGAUAAAACAAUUAUACUUACAACUUAAACAUAGGCGGAUUCUGAAGUAUAUAUAAAUAGAUCGGGAAGGUAAAGGAAUCUGUCUUAAAGACACUCGAUUUUGAUGAGUUUGGAUUCAACAAGACCGAAAAGAGUUGCUGCGAAUUCCGUUAUGAAAUAAUCGGAGCGUGAUGAUUCUAAUGAACGUUUUCCAAAGGUAAAAAAGUGA